UGACAUCCGGGAGGGCGUGGCCUGGCCCCACGUGACCAAGCCACGCAGCGGAGGGAGAGGACGGCCAUGGGGCUGGGGGCAAGCACCCAGCAGCCGGCGGGCGGCGAGGGCUUCCACCUGCACGGGGUGCAGGAGAACUCGCCGGCCCAGCAGGCAGGCCUGGAACCCUACUUUGACUUCAUCAUCACCAUCGGGCACUCGAGGCUGAACAAGGAGAAUGACACACUGAAGGCCCUGCUGAAGGCCAACGUGGAGAAGCCGGUGAAGCUGGAAGUAUUCAACAUGAAGACCAUGAAGGUUCGAGAGGUGGAGGUGGUGCCCAGCAACAUGUGGGGUGGCCAGGGCCUGCUGGGAGCCAGCGUGCGCUUCUGCAGCUUCCGAAGGGCCAGUGAGCACGUGUGGCAUGUACUGGACGUGGAGCCCUCUUCUCCUGCUGCCUUGGCUGGCCUGUGCCCCUACACAGACUAUGUAGUUGGCUCUGACCAGAUUCUCCAGGAGUCUGAAGACUUCUUUACACUCAUUGAGUCCCAUGAGGGGAAGCCUCUGAAGCUGAUGGUGUAUAAUUCUGAGUCCGACUCCUGCCGGGAGGUGACUGUGACUCCCAAUGCAGCCUGGGGUGGAGAGGGCAGUCUGGGGUGUGGUAUUGGUUAUGGGUAUCUACAUCGGAUCCCAACGCAGCCUUCCAGCCACUACAAGAAGCCAGUUGGGGCCUCACCAGCUGGCACUCCACCAGCUAACACUCCACAACUUAAUGCCUUGCCUCUUGGGGCCCCACCACCUUGGCCCAUCCUUCAGGACUCUUCUGGCCCAGAGUUGGGUGACAGGCACAGUGUCAUGGAGGACCUGCCACAGGUCUCUGGUGGCUUCAUGGAAGGACAGCUCCUUGGGCCUGGGCGUCCUAGCCAUGGAGCUGCCGACUGUGAGGGAUGCCCACAUUCCAUAGAGAUCCCUCUUCAGCCUCCACCUCCAGUGCAGCGGGUCAUGGAUCCAGGCUUCCUGGAUGUGUCAGGUAUGUCUCUCCUGGACAGCAGCAACACCAGUGUGUGCCCUAGCCUGUCACCUUCCACAGUGCUCACCUCCACAGCAGUCUCCGCCUCAGGACCAGAGGACGUGGGUUCCAGCAGCAGUUCUCAUGAGCGGGGUGGUGAAGCCACGUGGUCCGGGUCAGAGUUUGAGGUCUCCUUCCCGGACAGCCCGGGUGCCCAGGCCCAGGCGGACCACCUGCCCCAGCUGACUCUCCCUGAUGGCCUCACCUCUGCAUCCUCACCAGAAGAUGGACUGUCUGCAGAGCUGCUGGAAGCACAGACUGAGGAUCCAGCAGACACAGAGACUGAGGGGCCAGGAAGCCAAACUCAGGUCACCCCGGAGCCACAGCCUGGGCUGUGAGGAGGCUCCUGGUGACCUUUGGUGUUGCUUAGCUUAUGUCUGUGUGGCUCUUUAGGCUGCAGCUCCUAGUGAGGGUUAGGGUCAUGGGCUUUGCUAGUCUCCUCCUAGGGGCCAGCCUUCACCCCAGUUCUGGACUGGGGCAGGGAAGCUGGGAACAACAGCCCAGCUUCUGAGUUGAGGCAGAGGAUGGACUCUAGGCUGCCUCACUGAGGCACUGAAGCCUCCUGGGUAGGGAGAGGCAGCAGGGCCUGAUCACCCUGAUCACGAUGGAGUGUGAAGAUUAGGUGAGGGAUAAGAGAGGCUGUCUCUGUCUGGCAGCAGCCCUACCUGUACUGAGGAGGACCCCAAGUCCCAAUGCCUCCCCCAUUCUAAUGCUUAUGCUGGAGGAGAGAGGUAGUGUACUUGGCCACUUUGUUCUCAAGUUGGAAAAUGCUAGGCCCUUCACAGGGAUCUACCUGUGCUAGUCUCACACACACACACACACACACACACACACACCCACACCCGCCCCGGGUGUGGAGGGGGCACACAUUCCCGUUGUAGUGUCUGUGACCCCUCCUCCCAGGCCCCACAGACAGACAACAGACUCUGAGUACACAAGGAAUUCAGCCAGGUCUGAUGGUGAACAGGC